UUGGGGUUCAGGAGUCAGAAAUAAUUGGGGUUCCACAGUCAAAGAGAACAGACUCAUUCAGAUCUGAAAGAUGCAGCACCUUAGGCUAUAUUACUAUGAUUAAGAACCCUAGUGCCUGAGCUGUUUAAAUAUUUCAGAGCGUAGUUUAGCAGUACAUGCUGCACAGAACACACAAAGGUCAGAGGUCAAACACCCAGGGCCUCUAAUAAUGCUGCACAGAGAGGAGAUGUUUAACAUCCCCUGGGGGAAACAUGGACAUUGGUAUGUAAGUUUCAGAAGACACUUAAGUCGCCAGUUGGAAAGUGAAAAUGAAAACAGGGAAAUUUUAGAGAAUCAAAAAAUGAUGAAAGGAACAACAUCCCACCAAAUAAAUUCAGGGACAUGGAAGGCAUGCACAGUAGACCGCAGACAUCUAACAAGCUACAAGUACUCUGGCAUAAGCUGUGUGAAGCAUUAUCAUCAUGGCUACCAAGUCUCAAGGAUUCCUGUGGCAGAUUUGCCUGGUACUGCUGUUCUCCGCUGGAGUCAUGUCGAUGGACUGUAACCUGCUUCGUCACCAGCAAAGCAAAUUUAACUGGUACAGUCUACAACUGCUGCAAAACAUGGGUGGGAAGUUUCCUUUGAAGUGUCUGGAAGACAAGACAGCCUUCCAGUUUCCUCAGAAGGUUCUGAAGCCCAAAUUUCAACAACAUGCCAAGAUGGCCAUCCAUGAAAUUCUCCAUCAGCUCUUCGGCAUCUUCAGCAGGAACCUGACCCAAACUGGCUGGGAAAGAAGAAAGGUGGAGAGGUUCCUAAAUGGGCUCGCUCUGCAGACCGAACGCCUCGAGACAUGCCUACCUACAAAGGCCGGGGCCAACAUUCUGAGACUGAAGAAAUACUUCCAGAGGAUCCAAGAUUUUCUUACGGAAAAGAAAUACAGCACCUGUGCCUGGGAGAUUGUCAGAGAGGAAGGGCAGAGGUGUUUUCAAUAUAUUGACAAGCUCACAGUUAGGAUGCAAAAGUAGGCGACAAACAUUUUACUAUGAACAUUUGAGAAGUUUGGGUGAAGCAGCGAACUGGGAGCAGGAAACCAUCUGACCUCAAGCUUAAACUCUAAUAUGGACUUUGCGACCCUUUUCAAGUCAAUGUAUUUGACUCCAUUUGCCAUCGGUAAAAUGGGGAUUAUACCAUAAACUUCAGCAGGUGGGGCGGAUUGUUUAAAAUGCU